AUGAUGUCAUGCACAGUGACAUCACCCCGCCCUCCCAGAAGGCAUCCUCCCACCCCCACCAGCCAGGGCAGGUCGAGGCUUUCCCGGCGAUGCAGGGCCCCGGAAGCUGCGGCUCAGCGGCUUCCCUGCCGCCUCUCUGCUUUAUCCCACCACCCGGUGCCUGAGGAGCGGCUCGCCCCCGACCCCGAACGACCCUUGCCGGGCCCCUUGGGAGCCGGGCCCCUGAAACCUGGGGUCAAGCCGGUCCCACUCUUGGUCGUCCAAGGGAGGCCUCGCCUGCCUCGUAUUCAGAGCUGGAGGCGAAUUCUCUUGCAGGUUAUUGGAGCCCUGGUGAAAGUCGGCUGCGCGCCUGCCUCCAAAGGCGACGACGCGGUCCUGGGAGGGACUCCCUCCGACUGCGGGAACCGACAGGCCCGUAGCUACGUGAAAGAAGAGGGGGACCGCGAGAUCUCCAGCUCCCGGGAGAGCCCGCCGGUGCGGCUGAAGAAGCCCCGCAAGGCCCGCACGGCCUUCACGGACCACCAGCUGGCCCAGCUGGAGCGCAGCUUCGAGCGGCAGAAGUACCUGAGCGUGCAAGACCGCAUGGAGCUGGCCGCCUCCCUCAACCUCACCGACACCCAGGUGAAAACCUGGUACCAGAACCGCAGGACCAAGUGGAAGCGGCAGACGGCGGUGGGCUUGGAGCUGCUGGCCGAAGCGGGCAACUACUCGGCGCUGCAGCGGAUGUUCCCCUCGCCCUACUUCUACCCGCAGAGCCUCGUCUCCAACCUGGACCCCGGCGCCGCCCUCUAUCUCUACCGCGGGCCCAGCGCCCCGCCGCCCGCCCUCCAGCGGCCCCUCGUCCCCCGCAUCCUCAUCCACGGACUGCAGGGCGGCAGCGAGCCUCCCCCGCCCUUGCCCCCACUGGCCGGGGUCCUGCCCCGGGCCGCUCAGCCCCGGUGA